AACAUGUCGCAACAGCCCCACACCAACUUUUUUUUAAGGCUUGAUGCUUAGCGCGCAUGUUCAAUCAAACUGCUGAUGGGAUGCAACCAGCUACACAGUUAAUUUUGUUUCAUAAAGAUACUCAGAGGUUAGAUACAUUUCGAGAGCUGCGUGCAACUGCUUAUGUGAAAGUUUGAAGUUGUUAAUGCAUAUAUAAACUAGUAUAGUAUUGAUAAGUGAUGAGGGUGGUUUGGUGCUUUUGCUGCUCCGCCCCUUCUCAUGAUAGUGAUGAUAAUAACAAGAGACACGAAGAGGUUAGAGAUAGUAACAAUGUUGAUGUGGUGAAUGCGAAUGAUGAUGGUGUAGCGAGUGCAACUGCAGUUGGUCCAUUUGGAGGGGGAGGAUUUGUGAGGGGUGCAGGAGGAACAAUGGGUGAGUGUGUACCGUAUGCUCAUGUAGAUUCAAAUUUGAGGGCCUUGGCAGGUCAAGCUGAAGGUUUUGGCAGAUUCUCUGUUGGUGGCUUGCAUGGAUCUCUCUACCAUGUCACUUCUUUAGCUGAUAGUGGCCCUGGAACCCUUCGUGAAGGCUGUAAACAGAAGGAACCUCUGUGGAUUGUUUUUGAAGUGUCAGGAACGAUUAAUCUUUUAUCUUAUUUGAGAGUUUCCUCAUACAAGACAAUUGAUGGACGUGGCCAUCGAAUAAAGCUGAUGGGCAAGGGCUUGCAGUUAAAAGAGUGUGAACAUAUUAUUAUAAACAAUUUAGAAUUUGAAGGUGGCCGAGGGCAUGACGUUGAUGGAAUUCAAAUAAAGCCAAAUUCACGGCAUAUAUGGAUAGAUCGCUGUAGCCUUUGUGAUUAUGAUGAUGGACUUAUUGAUAUCACACGCCAAAGUACUGAUAUUACUAUCUCAAGGUGUCACUUUUUCAAUCAUGACAAGACAAUGCUUAUUGGAGCAGACCCUACUCAUGUUGGUGAUCGAUGUAUUAGGGUUACAAUACAUCAUUGCUUUUUUGAUGGGACUGUUCAGCGACAUCCUCGCGUUAGGUUUGGAAUGGUCCAUCUUUAUAACAACUACACUAGGAAUUGGGGAAUCUAUGCUGUCUGUGCAAGUGUAGAAUCACAGAUAUUAUCCCAAUGCAAUAUAUAUGAAGCAGGGAAUAAAAAAGUAGCUUUCAAGUACUUGACUGAAAAGCCAGCAGAUAAAGAGGAACCAACAUCUGGUUGCUUACGUUCUGAGGGUGAUUUAUUUCUGAAUGGUGCCCAGCUUGAGCAAAAAGAUCCAGAAAAGGUAUUCAAAGCACAUGAAUUCUAUCCAACAUGGACAAUGGAAUCAGCUAACACUGCUUUAAGGGAAGUGGUUCAAUUAUGUUCUGGUUGGAAGAGUAUCCAGAGGCCACUUGAUUUAGGCAUCAUACAUUAACUUCUGGUAGUGUUAAUUGCAAGCUUCUGCACGCUGGCUAGUAUUGCAAAUUGCUAUAUGUACACUUUUCCUUACCCAUGAAGCAAAUCUUACAACAUACAAUCACAUUUUCUCUUUUCCUAAUUCUAAAGAAAAAUCUUCUAUAAGAUAUUUAUAUUAACAAGUGGUGUAGAAUUUGCCUUGCCAUAACGGGUGUUUGUAAAUAUAAUAUGCAAUGGGUUAUGCAAUGUAUUUUUUACAAGACCUUGUCCAUUUCCCAAAAAUAUUAGUCUCUGAAUUACAUGUAGUAUUGUGGCAUGUGAAUUACAUAAAUUCAAUGUAAAUUACUUAAACAAAAACAAAUGAAAUAUGUUCCUCCUCCUU